GUUACGUCACGCGCUCCACUAGUGGUUCACCGCGAGCGCUCAGUCAACUGUUUCAGACCGCGGGCACCACGGGGGACUUCAACUGCCUCCAUCAAGCCGUCUCAGGGAUUUAUUUAGUAGGCCUACUAUCGUUUUUAUUUAUUUAGGACUAUAGUAUUCAUUUAGUAUUACAGCAUAUAUAUUUAUAUCCAUCAAGCCGUCUCGAAAAUUUAUUUAGUAGCCUACUAUAUUAUUUAUUUAGUACUAUUAGUAUUUAUUUAUCACACUACGACGACGACAACAACUGCUUUACGCACAGUGGAGAAAGUUAUGGAAGGAGAAGGAGGAGGAGAAGGAGAAGAAGAAGCAGAAGACGCGGUGGUGCUUUCCUCGCGGCUGUCGCGGGGUCGGAGGCAGCAGGUCGACGUACGGCUGACUCGGAGGGUUUUGACGUGGAAGGACGUGAAGAAAACCACAAAGUGCGGCAACGUGGGCUUCGGUCACUUCUCCGGAACCGCGGCGUGCCACAGCGUCCAGGUGUGUGAGAUUGUGGCGGUCCAGGAUGGGGACGGCACCCACCCCAUCACCGAGCCCGCGGAGGGCGAGGCGGUUGCCAAGCAACACAAGAAGCCCCACCCCCACGCCUUCACAGUGUGCUACGUCAGGCGGUCGGCGCAGCACCGCUGGCUGAGCCGGGACGUCACCUUCUGCUGCAGCCACCAGGGCCUUCAGCAGCAGUGGAUCACAGCCGUCCAGCAGAACCUGAACUUGCUCAGCAAUCGACCACGCAGCCUGUUGGUGUUCAUCAACCCCCACGGGGGCCGGCAGCUCGCCGUGUGGAUUUACGACCGCAAAGUGGCGCCGCUGUUAGCCCGCGCCGGCGUCUCCGCCGAUGUCAUCAUUACGGAGCGCGCCAAUCACGCCCGCGACCACUUGAGAGAGCAGCGCGGCAAUCUGGACAAGUACGACGGGCUGGUGUGUGUGGGGGGAGACGGGAUGUUCAGUGAGGUCCUUCACGGCCUGGUCUCCGGGACCCAGGCGAACCACGGCGUGGACCAGGACCUCCCCGACGCCCGCCUGGUGCCGUGCUCUCUGCGAAUCGGCAUCAUCCCCGCAGGCUCCACCGACUGCGUCUGCUACAGCACCACGGGCACCAACGACCCCGUGACCUCCGCCCUGCACAUCAUCCUGGGAGACUCCCAGCCCAUGGACGUGUGCUCCGUCCACAGCGACGCCACCUUCCUGAGAUACUCCGUCUCCCUGCUCGGCUACGGUUUCUAUGGCGACGUGCUGGCCAACAGCGAGAGGAACCGAUGGAUGGGCCCGCUGAGAUACGACCUGGCAGGGGUGAGAACCUUCCUGAGCCAUCAAUACUAUGAGGGAAGCGUCUGGUUUGUUCCAGCCCCAGAGACACAGCGACUGCCCGGGGUGCGGGAGCAAUGCGUGGCCCGGUGUCACGUGUGCCAGCAGGGGUCCUGCUCAGAGAAGAUGGAACUAAAACAUUUAUCAGACGAUGAGGACAAGUUUAUCAAAGGAAGUGGCGGUGAGUGGCGCGUGGUGCAGGGGAAGUUCCUGGCGAUCAACAUGGCCACCAUGAGCUGCGCCUGCCCCAGGAGCCCUCAGGGCCUGUCCCCCUCCGCCCACCUGGCCGACGGCACCGCCGACCUCAUCCUGGUCCGUGGGUGCUCGCGCUUCGGCUUCUUCCGCCACCUCCUCCGCCACACCAAUGCAGACGACCAGUUCGACCACUCCUUCGUGGAGGUCCACCGCGUCAGGAGGUUCCGCUUCCAGCCCAAGAACCAGCAGCUCUGCGUGGCCCCCGAGGACCCGAGUGGCGCGGAGAAGGGGACGAAGACCCAUACCUUCAGCCCCAUCUGCCGCGCCGGGGACGAGGUCCCGGCCCAGAGCACCUGGACGUGUGACGGCGAGAUGCUGCCCCACGCCGCCAUCCAAGUCAGAGUCCAGGGCAAGUUGAUUCGACUAUUUGCCCGAGGAAUUGAGCACCAGUAGCAGAUGUGUGUCUGUCUGUCUGUCUGUGUCUGUCUGUCUGUCUAUGUCUGUCUGCAGGACUGAACCAGGGGUCCAGACUGAAACAAACUGAGCCUGAAGAUGAACUGUGAACUGGGUUUAAUUAAUCUAUAUUGCCAUUAGCGGGGCUGAGGUUAUGUUCUUAAAAUGUGCCCGUGAAUGUGAGCUUUAGUAUAUACAUCAUACAAUUAGAGUUGUUCCGAUACCGAUGCCAGUAUCGGAAAUUCCUCCGAUACGGAAAACGUUUCUUUGUUCAAUAUACGUGGUCCAUUUUGUUUUGCCUUGCCUUUACCUUUUUGGUUGGGUUCGAUGUGUUUAUAUUGAUAAUGUUACUUAUCAUUUCCAUUUCCAUUAAGGUGUGGAGAUUUAUUGACCUGUACAGAAUCACCCAAUUUAAACUCUAUUGGAAAAUCCUUCCAUCAGUAAUAAUGAUCGAUGAGAAAAGAGGUGGCUGAAUUCUUUACUGUUACAAUCACUACAUUUGAACUAUGACCUCAAUGGCUGAGAAAAUGCUCUUAAUAUCGUAACCUUUAGGCCUGCUUGUUUCACCGAUACCUACUUUACUACCCAUGAGCCUCCUUGAUUCUCGACCAGUCACAGUAGAGCACAACGAUCGACGUUUGCAACAGCAGACGUUACCGUGGCGAUAGCAGCUUCAUGGAAUGCCGUGGGACUGGCCCGAGCCAAUCAGAUAAGCUUUGGAUUCAGUCCCUAAAAAAAAUGCACCCUGGCUACUUCGACUGUCUCGGUGAAUCAUGGGUUGAAUGCUAGGGUAGAAGUGAACUGCACCAUGGGAAUAGUAGUUUGACGUGAUUAUGGACACAUCCCUGUACAUGUUAUUUUUCUCUUGUUUUUCCUAGUUUUCAAAAGUCAAAUCUAGUUUAAUUUCCCUUUACUAUGCCCAUGUGAUAUAUCAGGUUUGUAAUGGUCAAUUUGAUGCACAUUUAGAUUAAGGGCAUUUAGCAGACAUUUAGCAAAGCGACUUAAAAUAAGUCGAUUUGUCAGAAGAAGAAGGAGGCUCAUAGAACAAGGUGCCAAGCACUAACCAUCAUUAGGUACUACGGUUAAUACGGCUAUGUUAAGACAUUGUGAUUCUAGAACCACCGCUUAAUUUGAAAUAAUCUAACGAUUUAGAACCGGCCUAAUCCGGAAUCAUGAAGUAGCUUGGGAGAAGGAAGAAGGAGGUAUUCGUCAAAGUAUUUAUUUGAAGAAGACAGCGACUCCGAUAACGGCGGGGCCCACAUUAAACGGGAAUGGUCGUGCUCAGAGCGAGGCGGCGGCCGUUCCGCGGCGAUGGAGGUGAGAGAUCAGCCCAGCCGGGGGAUAACGGGCCGUGAUGGCUUCAUAAUGCACUAACAGGGCCCCAGUGGCUCAUGGGUAAUGGAGCAAAGUGGUUGCUAAGUGACUCGGCGCCGUCGCACCUGUGACUAUGUGCCGGGCUCCGCUCCGUUAAGACCAACCGGCGUGUGGCCGUCCAUCCGUCCGGCCACCGGCUGGAACCGGUCAGGAACGCAGCGGUUAAAAGGAGCGCUGUUGACGGUUUAGCAAGAGGCGUCUCGCGGAACAGACUGGGAACGGAGUAUGAUAUUAAUAAGUAUGUUUUAAUCAGUGUAUCAUAUCAUACGAGAGUCAUAAUGUUUCAUACAAGCGAGAGAGAGAGAGACAUAUCAUACCUACGACAUAUCAUACGAUAUUAGGUUUUUAUUCGCCGAUAUUCAUAAUUUUUCAAUUUGAUUAUUUUUAUGAGGUUGACAAGCUGGUCUUGAAAGUUAUAUUUUCUGAAUGAUUGAUAUUGUAUAGAAUAGUAAUACUAAUUAUUUUAUAUUAUAUACAUUUAUUUUAAAUGAUUAAGCAUACACCGACAAUCUAUGGCUGGAACUGUGAUUUAUUUUUGUAUGAUAUGUAUAUUGUUAUGUUAUACCAAAUUAAUAAUAAGGAUGGCUGAUGAACUGGGGAUGUUAGCUAUUUCUUUAGUCACUUUACUGUCAGGUGUUUUUGUAACAGACUACGUGUAGAAAUGUCACGUACCGUAAUAUCACAAAUCAAAUCGAAUAUGAUUACAUAAUGUCACAGGAUCUAAUCUAACUCAAUAAAUAAAAUAAAUAUUAAUAAUGUAAUAAAACGAUUUUGUUGACG